AUGGAUUUUGGUGGCUCCAUGAACAUUGAACAUCAUCAAGAUGUUGAACAUGUUGCACAACAUGAGGACCUUCUCGGAGAGGAUUUGAGAGAAAUGGAGGAGGGAUCCCUGUCACGCCAAAAAGAUUCUCGCCAUAAUGCGGAUGGCAAUAGUACUAAAGAGAAGAGGCUGAAUUUACAUAGGCAUGGCUCACAAUAUGGGUUCCCACGUGGGAUGCCAAGCAAGAAACUGGAGUUUCUUCGUCGGGGAUCUCUAAAGAAACAUGGUUCUUCAGUUGAUUUACCCGCGAUGGGGGACACCAACCACCAUGGGCAUAAGCGUCACACCAAUUCAAGGAAAGCUUAG